AUGUCUCGCCAGUCGUGCGCGCUCGGCAAGGGCUUCAGCUCCAGCUCCGCUUGCUUCGGAGCGGGGAACAAAGUCACCUUCAGCGCCGUGUCCCGCGGAGGAAGCAGGGCACCUGGGAACACCGGCGGCUUCGGCAGCAGGAGCCUCUAUAGCCUGGGAGGGAACAAAUGCACCUCCCUGGGCGGAUUUGGUGGCGUCUAUAGAGGCUUUGGUGGCCAAGGGGGCUUGGGCUUCACUUAUGGUGCCGGGGCAAGGUUUGGUGGUGGCUGUGCUGGAGCAGGAGGUGGCUUUGGUGGAGGCCUCGGUGGUGGCUUUGGCUGCGGAGUUGGCUUCGAUGGCAGGGGAGGUCCUGGCUUUCCGGUGUGCCCACCCGGCGGCAUCAAGGAAGUGACCAUCAACCAGAACCUGCUGACCCCCCUUAACCUGGAGAUCGACCCCGAGAUCCAGAAGGUGCGAACGCAGGAGCGGGAGGAGAUAAAGACCCUCAACAACAAGUUUGCCUCCUUCAUUGACAAGGUGCGGUUCCUAGAGCAGCAGAACAAAGUCCUGGAGACCAAGUGGAAGCUGCUGCAGGAGCAAGGCCACGGCACGGGCCCUCAGAGCAGGAGCCUCGACCACUUCUUCGAGGCCUACAUCAACGGGCUGCGGAAGCAGCUGGACGGCCUCUCCAGCGAGAAGCACCAGCUGGAGGCCGAGCUGAAGAACUUCCAGGACCUGGUGGAGGACUUCAAGAACAAGUACGAAGAGGAAAUAAACAGACGGACCGCGGCCGAGAAUGACUUUGUGCUCCUAAAAAAGGAUGUGGACGGGGUCUACAUGAACAAAGUGGAGCUGCAGGCAAAUCUGGACGGUCUGGCGGAUGAGAUCAACUUCUUGAAGUGUCUUUAUGAAAUGGAGCUCUCCCAGAUGCAGCAGCAAGUCUCUGACACGUCGGUGGUUCUGUCCAUGGACAACAAUCGAAAUCUGGACCUUGACAGCAUCAUUGCGGAGGUCAAAGCACAGUAUGAGGAGAUUGCCAACAGGAGUCGCUUGGAGGCCGAGUCCUGGUACCAGUGCAAGUACGAAGAGCUGCAGGCUACCGCAGGAAAACACGGAGACAGCCUUAAGGACACAAAGACUGAGAUCGCUGAGCUCAACCGCAUGAUCCAGAGGAUACGGGCUGAGAUUGAGAAUGUCAAGAAGCAGUGUGAAGCACUGCAGGCAUCUAUUGCAGAUGCAGAAGAACGUGGAGAGGUGGCCCUCAAGGACGCCAAGACAAAACUGGCCGAGCUGGAAACAGCCCUGCAGAAGGCCAAGGCCGACCUGGCCCGGCAGCUCCGCGAGUACCAGGAGCUCAUGAACGUCAAGCUGGCCCUGGACAUCGAGAUCGCGACCUACAGGAAGCUGCUGGAGGGAGAGGAGUGCAGGAUGUCUGGCGAGUGUCAGAGCGCUGUGAGCAUCUCGGUGGUGGGUGGCAGCAGCAGCGGCGGGCUCUGCCGAGGAGGAGCAAUCGGCUUCGGAAGCGGCAGAGGCAGCGGUGGCUUCUGCUCCAGCGGCGGGUACGGCUUAGGAGGAGCAGCGGGCUUUGGCUCCGGCGCAGGAGUCUCCUCCGUGGUGGGAGGCUCUGGAUCUGGAGCGGGAUCUGGCACCAUCCUGAAAACCACCACCUCCGUGUCGACGAGCUCCGUGAGCCGGCGGGCCUAG